GAAACUUUGCAUAGAUACAGGUUUUAAUGAGAAUAAACUAAGGGCACGAAUUCUUUUUGAGGAUAUUCAUAGUUCAUUUGGGUUUACAUAAUGCACAUAGUCUCGACUCAAUAGCAAUUUAUUAGUCGCAGAACUUUUCUUGUCAGGGAAUCCGUGUUUCUUUUUAUUUUCGACAAAAACAUCGAAAUUAAGUUUUUAUCAUACUGAAAUCUCCUCUUGUAGAAUAUACAAGGUGGACCAAAAGUCACCGGAUAGUUUUUAAUUUUGAAUAACUUUUGAUAGGAUCAAGAUAAAAAGCUGCGAGUUUCAACCAUUCAAAACAGGAUCUGUUACUAGGAAGUUCUAUGUACUAUUCAACAAUACAGAUUGUUAACCUACUAAUCAAUUAGUGAUCUUUAGCAAGAUUUUGAUAACUCUAUGAAAAAGACAUCGAAGUUCAAUUCAACAAAGCGGCUUCGAUUCGUGUAUUCACGAUCUAAACUAACGCCAACAACGGAACCUAUUAUCUUCUUUCGAUAGAGAGUUUUAGAUGCAAUACUAGAUAGCGAUAAUGACGAGGGUGAUUCAUAGGUGCGCGAUUCUAACGUACUCUGUAGAAUUGAACUUCGAUGUAAUUUUCAUAGAGCUACCAGUAUUUUACCGAAGACCACUGAUUGAUUACCAUGACAACAAGCAGUACUGUUGAAUAGUACAUGGAACUGUGAAGUAACAGAGACUCUUUUGAAUGGUGAAAGUCGCAACUUUUUAUCAUGAUCCUAUCAAAAGUUAUUUGAAAUUAAAUUUUCAAUAUGGCCAGCAUGAGAUCAUGCUCCUGACUAGACAUGUGCGGGACCAACUUUUUUUGGUCCCGGUCCUGGUCCUGGUAAAUUUUUUUUUGGUCCCGGUUUGGGUCCCGGUGAAAAUUUUCAUUUGGUCCCGGUCCCGGUGGAAAUUUUCCUUUUGCUGCUGAUUCCGGCGAAAUUCUGUUUUUUAGUCCUGGGCUCAGUUAACACAUUCGCUACGAUGUGGCCUAACAGUGAGCCACGCUACAUUUUAACGAGAAACUGUAUAGAAAAGUACUUUAUUUUUCUUUGUUCUUAGACACGAGGCUGAACAUAAUGCUUUAUCUGUUCUGCCUUCAGAGCUCUUUUUGAGUCCGUUAUUUCAUAGCAUGAUGGGUCUUGUUAAAAAAAUCAAGACAAAAAAAAUUGUUACUCACAACAGAACGUUUUUACUUUUGCUACCGCAUAGCUCGCUUCUCUUGACUGUUGUGCCCUUCCUUUCGCAAAGCAGCCAGUACAGCGUCUGCGGACAUUGCCCUUAAAUCCUUCCUUUUCUUCGAGCUUGCGAUUAGUGAAUUCGCGCUUGAAUUGGGUUGCUGAUUCAACUUCUCGAAUGGCAUGUCAUGCUGAAAUGACCUCACAGGAGUUUCGCCAAACUACAGGAUGGUUACUUCGCUACAUGUGAUAUUACAAAUGGAAGAGAGAAAACGACAGAUCAGUAUAGGAUGAAAAGACCAAGCAGUGCAUUUAUCGCAAGAUGAAUGCAGAAGAAAAUGAAUCUCUAGAGCUACUCUUUAAUAAAACCGAAUCGCGUCGAAUGUGUUAAAUUUGGUUUUUGUUCCACACCCAGUCUAAGUAACCUUACUUUUUCUGUUAUUUGUCCAUAGUCAGAGAAGUUGUUGCAGAAUCUGCCGGUUUUAGAUCUGGAGCAGUUCUCACUUCUAUUUCCGCCGAUGUUUCUUAUCAACGACAAACAUGACCGGGACUAAAUUGUUUUUCGAUCCUGGUCCCGGUCCCAGUAAAAUUCUAUUUUUUGGUCCCGGUCCCGGUCGCGGUCCCGGUAAAAUUCUAUUUUUUGGUCCCGGUCCCGGCUACCGGGACCGGGACUGGUCCCGCACAUGUCUAAUCCAAAUCCUUUUUCGGAUUGUUUUUUUUUUUAAUUAAAAUACUACUAUGUAGUAUUGUUGAAAUUGAAAGGUGGCAGCUGAAGAAAUUCCCCUUGUGAGUCGAUAGUCAGUAAGCUGAAACUACAUGUUCCUAAUUCAUUUGUCUCAAUAAUUGAUAAGUAUCAUUUCAUGUAAUAUCUAACUGAUAGUAUAAUAAAACUUCAUUUGAUAUUUAUUGUUAUACGAGAAGUCUUUUCGAUUUUCUAGAAAAAUAAAAAUUAUUAAUGAACAAUUUUUUUAUUCUUAUUUUCGAUUAAGAUAUUCUUUUUUUUUCUUUUUUAAAGAUUGGUAAACUUUAUCAUCGAAAUCAUGCUCGACGUGAAGAAGCUUUAGAUGAAAUAUAUCAAAUAUUAAAUACAUUUUCUGGUGAUCAAGAAGAUGCUCGUGCACAUUUACGUGCUGGUAGUUUUGUUUUAGCACGAAUGUUUCGUUUUGAUGUUCUUGCAACAUUUUCACAUUCACUUAAAAUUUUUCAUUUAUUAAUGAAUGAUUAUGUUCGACGACAUUCAAUACAAAAACAAGAUAUUAUAGCUAGUUUAGAACGUGGAUCUCCAUCACCUGAAUCAAUUUAUGAUCAACAAGGAAAAAGACAAAAUACUCGUGAAGUUCGUACAAGACGUAAAAUUGAAGAUCAACGCCAUCAAUUUAUUACAGAAUUAAUUGUACUGAAUCUAGAUUAUAAAUCUCCAGGAGAUUAUAAACCUCAACAAAUGAAAUAUAUGGAUAAAGUGAUGAUUCAACAAGAAGAUCAUCCAGAUGUAAAUUUUGUUAGUUUAAUUAUUGGACCACAUGGUAAUACACUUAAAAUGAAACUAAAUUUAAUAAAUGAAGCAGAAAAUAUUGUUACAAAUACAAUAAUAUGUACAAUUUGUUAUGGAGCUGGUCAUUUAACAACCAAUUGUAAAUUUUGUAAAACAAAAUCAAAUAGUACUCAUACUAAAUUAAAUCCUGUUGGACCACUUGCAAUUAAUGAAAAUCGACAAAAACAACAAAAACUUGAUUGUGAAUAUCAAUCAUUAAUGAAUGAAUUAAUGGGUAAAAAAAUACAAAUACAAAUAUAA